AUGCUGUUGCGUGGCUGUUCAGAGAGACCUCAGCAGGCUGGAGAAUGGAGCAGAGACUGGGCAGAGAAAAACUUCAUGAUGUUCAACAUAGAGAAGUGCAAAAUCCUGAACCUGGAAAGGAAUCAUCUGUUACAGGCUGGAGGGGAGCUUUGUAGAGAAGGACCUGGGAGUCCCAGCAGACAAGAUGAAGAAGAGACAGGAAUGUGCCCUUGCAGCAAAGGCAGCCAACAGCCUCUCGGGCUGCAUUAUGAAUACCAUGGCCAGAAAGCUGAAAUGGGAAAUGUAUUUGUUGUAAGCCUGGCCAUUGCAGACUUGGUUGUAGCAAUCUACCCGUAUCCACUGGUUCUCACCUCUGUGUUUCACAAUGGAUGGAAUCUCGGAUACCUUCACUGCCAGAUUAGUGGCUUCCUCAUGGGCCUAAGUGUCAUUGGAUCAAUCUUCAAUAUCACAGGCAUCGCUAUCAAUCGGUACUGCUAUAUCUGCCACAGUCUCAAAUACGACAGGCUGUACAGUGACAAGAAUUCCCUGUGUUAUGUCGUUCUUAUCUGGGUCCUGACCUUCGUUGCUAUCGUGCCCAAUCUGUUUGUGGGAUCUCUACAGUAUGACCCUAGGAUUUACUCGUGUACCUUUGCACAAUCUGUGAGCUCAGCAUAUACUAUAGCAGUGGUGUUCUUCCAUUUCAUGCUUCCCAUAGCCAUAGUUACUUUCUGUUAUUUGAGAAUAUGGAUCCUUGUUAUUCAGGUAAGGCGAAGGGUUAAACCAGACAACAACCCAAAACUGAAACCACAUGACUUCAGAAACUUUGUCACCAUGUUUGUGGUAUUCGUCUUAUUUGCUGUCUGCUGGGCUCCUUUGAACUUUAUAGGCCUUGCUGUGGCCGUCAACCCAGAAACUAUAAUCCCUAGGAUUCCAGAGUGGUUGUUUGUAUCUAGUUAUUACAUGGCAUAUUUCAACAGCUGCCUUAACGCUAUUAUAUAUGGACUCCUGAACCAGAAUUUCAGAAGAGAAUACAAGAGAAUUAUCAUCACUUUUUGUACAGCAAAAGUUUUCUUCCAGGAUAGUUCCAAUGAGGCAGCUGACAGGAUGAGGAGUAAACCUUCUCCACUGAUUACAAACAACAACCAAGUGAAGGUGGACUCAGUGUGAAAAUGGGAACAUUAUUAUUGUCAUUCAACAACAUCCAAAYAGAGUAUCUGGUUUACUAGACCUACUAUUAAAUAUUACAG